CAAAGCACGUGUACAUACACGUGCGAGUUUCGAGCGUGUGUCAAGACUAAGUGAUCUGACGUAUCAUCGUAACGCGCGCGUAUAUUUUUUUUCAUUAUAAUCUAGUUUAUUAAUCAGCAUUUAACGCACGUGGUUAAUCGUCAUGAAGUUUCUCUUCUUUCUCUCGCUUGCACGCGCGCGCACGCUGCGUUUGCUGCAUCUUUUUGCCUGCGAAAUUUUCCGCGAUUUGUAUAAAAAUUUUUACGAAUAUUCUUACGAUGAGGAUAAAUACCUAUGAUAUAGUUUGUUUGCCACCUGUGCAUAAACACUUAACGUGCGUUUCUAUAAAAUUAUCCUCAUGACGGAACUAUAGAUGGAAGACUUUACGUCGAUUUAUCGGUGGGAAAUCACAAGAUUCUACGCAUAAAUCCGAUCCUGUCAUCGAAUAGAAAUUAGUUGGAUGACUUGGCUGGCAAUUUCUUUGAGGGAAGAUACACUCGUCUUAUAUAUGCUCGCGUCCCGUGAUAAUUAUUUUGUUUGUCUCUUGCCUCGCCAAAUGUUUUACGUGGAAAUCCACGUGUCCUUAGGAAAUUUCCGAGAAUACAACGCGAGAACCGAAGAAGAACGUUUCGCCGCAUGGGUGCCUGGGUUGACGAACGUUUCGCGGAGGAGGAGGUGGUCCCAAGUAAUCAAAGUGCUACUUGGACUUGGAGAAUCCGGGGCCGCAAUUGCAAUGGUGGUGGACCGUUGCAUGGUCGACCGGGUGCCGACUAUCAAUCGCCAAACAACUUUACGUCGACCUGGUCGUCAGCAUCCCUGUUACCGUUGCGCCGUCAGUUCACCAGGCAGCUCUACGAGUGGCCUUGUUUACCGUUGUUUAAGUCAAGGACGAAACUAGACCUCUAUUGAAUCGAUCGUUUCGAUUUGACACGAGAAGGGCCGCUGAAAAUUCCCUUGCGAAAUACAGAGUUGCUCGAGUUUUUGUUACCGUGUGUGAUUGUUCGUGCGUAUGUGUCCAUAUGUGCGUAUCGUACAUCGUACGCGAUCGGUUUCACGGAGUGGAAAAUUGGAUCGCAAGUAUUUUGAUAUAUCGAGAAAAAAGUGAAUCGAGAAAGUGAGUAUCUCUCCCCCCUCCCGUAUUCUUCGUUUCUUCAGUAUGGCCGAGUGGACCAAGUUUAACGAUGCAGGAGACAAGCAGAUUCGACUCGACGAACGAAACUCGACGAAUGAUACGACGAGCGUAAGGCGAUCGUAUACCGAAACGAGCGACGAUGAGAUUAUCAACGAAAGUUCACAUAUGGCAAACGAUCAAAGCAAUAGCGAUUGUGAUGAUAAUCGCGAGGAGACGAUCGUCGUAGACUCGAGUUCGGUUCGGAGGGGAUCGGAAUACGUCAAUGGCUUCCGAAACAAUUCAUUGUCAGAGUCAAUGGAAAAUGCGCGAGAGGGAGAAGAGGUGAGAUUCGUGGAAAAGGAUUCGAGGGACGAACGAACGGAGCAAUCGGGCUCGAGGAUACGUCGGGAAGCUCGUCGAGAGUUGAAAGAAGCUUCGCAAAAUUUGCAAGGUUCGCCAAAGCGACCCAACAGCCUCUACAAGGAGGACGCGUCUAGUCCGCAGAAAUUGAAGGGCGUUUUCAAUGAGAGGGAUACAAUUUUCGGGUCUCCUACCAGGAUUCUGUCGUCCAAGAGUCACUCGUCGACCGAGAAGAGUACCGAGAAACUCGUCAACGGCAAGUCUCCUAAGGAGGAUAAGCAGCAGCAUCACGUGCAAUUCAACAAGGAGUCGUCGCAUCAAAAGCAACAGCUACGUCACGCCCCCGAGGAAAGGCCGCAUCCAAGCCCGUCAAUCUCCACGUCUACCACGAGCAGCUCCGAAGACAAUUCCAGCUUGGGACAACUUUGCGAGGCCAGGCCUCCCGACGGAGGUUGGGGCUGGGUCGUCGUAGCGGCCUCCUUUAUGGUAAACUUGAUCGCGGAUGGCAUUACUUUUUCCUUUGGCGUGAUAUACGUCGAAUUCCUCAAUUAUUUCGGCGAGGGCAAGUCCAAGACGGCGUGGAUCGGCAGUCUCUUCAUGGCGAUGCCAUUGUUAUCGGGACCGGUCGCGAGUUUUCUAACCGAUCGAUACGGAUGUAGAAAAGUAACGGUGGCCGGCAGCAUACUGGCAACAGCUGGGUUUGUUGUAAGUUCCUAUGCGAACUCUAUGGAAGUACUCAUCUUCACGUUCGGCAUCGUAGCAGGCUUCGGCUUGUCUUUGUGUUUCGUCGCGGCGGUGGUAAUCGUGGCGUAUUAUUUCGACAAGAAGAGAUCUUUCGCUACCGGUUUGUCGGUAUGCGGUAGCGGAAUCGGGACUUUCAUCUUCGCGCCCGUCACGCAAUAUCUCUUGGCGGAGUACGGCUGGAGAGGAACCACGCUGAUUCUCGCAGGAUUGUUUUCAAAUCUCGCUGUAUGCGGAUGUCUGAUGCGAGACCUCGAAUGGACUACCACUAGAGCGAAAGCGAAAACUCAAGAGAGGAAAAAGAAUCGGGAAAAGAAGAGAUCUAAGAUCCAGAGUUCCAGCGCAGACUCCUUCUCCGCAACCAGCUCCGCCAACACGACCACGCAAACGCCUCACGGUGAUUCUAAAAGAGGUUUUGCAUCGGCCAAUGCGAUGAUUAUCGAGAAUCUUCGGUCACAGGAUGGCGGCGAUGAGGAGAGCGGGGAGAAGUUAUUCUCUAGCUUGGUGAAUCUGCCUACCUUUGUUAAGAAUGGGGAGAGAGUACCUCUGGAGGUGUUGGAACUGCUCAGCACGAACAAGACCAUUUACAAUGUCCUCCUACAAAACUAUCCGAGUCUCUUGAUAUCGUCGAGGAGUUUCAGCGAUUCCGGGGCCCUCCAUGAUCAACUGAGUACACCCUCGGCCCGAUUUAUAUCCACGCCGAGUCCAUUGGCUGAAUUGCGAGCAACAACCGAAAGCAAGGACAAGGGCACGGACGAUCGAAUUUUGCACGACGAACAACAGAAGCAGCAGCAGCAGCAACAACAACAACAACAACAACAACAACAAGAACAACAACAACAGCAGCAGCAGCAGCAGCAACACCAGCAACACCAGUCGGUAGAACCAGCGUAUUUAUGGUGGCUGAGGAAAAUCGAUUCCGAUACUCCGUUGAGACGAUCUAGCACGUUGGAACAACCGAGGAGGCUGCCAACUGCCUAUUUGAAGGAUAUCAGAAUGCAUAGGCAUAGUCUGACUUACAGAGGCGCCAUGCUCAACAUCAAUCGAUAUCGUUUGAGAGCUUCGAGUUGCCCGGACAUUUACAGAAAUUCAAUGACUACGAUCGCCAAGACGAAGCUCGUCUGGUACGCUGGGCUCUGGGAAUUUUGGGACUUGAUCGUCGAUAUGCUAGACUUCUCGUACUUUGCCGAUCUGAGGUUCCUGCUGUUCGCUGUCAGCAAUUUUCUCUUGCACACGUGGUACGAUGUGCCUUACGUCUAUCUGACGGACAAUGCGAUCGAAGUUGGAUUUAGCGAGACGGACGCGUCUAUUCUGAUCUCGGUGAUCGGGAUCGCUAACAUGAGCGGCGAGAUUUUUCUGGGUUGGGCCGGCGAUAGGGCAUGGGUGAACGCGUCUAUCGUCUAUGCGGUGUGCAUGGCGCUCUGCGGUACCGUUACUGCUCUGAUACCGAUAGUUGUCAGCGAUUAUUACACUCUAUGUGCAGUCUCUGGUGCCUUUGGAUUAUUCAUCGCAGCAAAUUACAGUCUCACCAGCAUUAUCCUUGUCGAACUAAUCACCUUGGAGAGAUUCACGAAUGCUUAUGGUCUCUUGUUACUGGUUCAAGGAAUCGCCAAUCUGAUGGGUCCUCCGCUAGCUGGGUGGCUAUACGAUAUCACAGGCACAUACGAUCUGUCCUUCUACUUGGCGGGAUUGUUCAUUGCGUUAAGCGGCGUAUUGUUAUUAGUAAUGCCUUUGAUCGGUUUGUACCGAAAGUGUCGAAACGAAUCUAGGGGGGUAACUACCGAGAAGGAUUUCGAUGCGAUAAACUGUGUGUAAAUAUGUCGAUAUUUAUUGAAGGAACAAGAGCCCCAGAGACAAGCAACCGUUGUCGAUGGUUCUGUCGCAAAUUGGAAUCGCGAUGGCAAGAGAUAUCAAAGGAAUUGCAACGCAGAUUGCGAAAAUUGCUACAGGCACCCUUAAUUUCGUGGUGAGGUCAUUUCACUGGCGACAUGCUAUUCACAAGUCUCUCGAGCCGGCUGUGGUGUAAUUACAUAGUUAUAAUUAUAGUUUGUCGUAACACCCUUGUUUGUCGUAACACGGGUUCAUUGACUUUCCGUGAUGAUUAAUGCGAGCGACUCGAGGAAUGUUAUAUAAAGUAAAAUUGUAUGGUGACAAGAGAGCCGCACAUAAGUGGAGUGUUGCACUUCUCCGCUAUAUUAUAUUAUAUUAUAUUAUCAGUCGAUGUUUUACCAAAGCUUUGCGAAAGUUAUCAGGUCGUUUCUAAUUUCUUGGACAUUGCGCAAGAAAAAUUAUUUCGGGAAUAUAAGCAUAGUUCUUUUUUAAUAUUUUCAAUAGCGUAGCGCGAUAUUACGAUAUAGUAAUAUAUGUACAAAUUAGGCAUAUGCCGAUUGCGAUAAUAUAAAGCCAAGGGUCUGCGGAAGGCUCGCUACGAACCACGUUUUGACGUCGAUGAUCGUAUCUUGCUCGAAUGGAUAUAUAUUGUGUUCGCACGGCAACGACUAACAAUAAGUUAAAUUUCGAAUCUCAGGAUACUACCAGCACGUGAUGCUGCAUAUGUAGUGGUUCGAAAUAGGCACUUCUAGUGUCCUGGUUUGCGUGUACAGAAAAAAACAUAUAAGUUCUAUGCAUGUUUGUAGUCGCUAUCUCUUCAUCGAGCGACGUGUAUGUAUUCUCAAGCUAGACAGACUGUACAGCUGACAAUUGACAAGUUAUCCUCUCUCCUUUGGAUAACGCGAAAAAUAUUGUAAAUUAAUCGCGUCAUACAGAGCCUGAGCCUGAGUUUUUGUAAUCGUCUUCGUACAACGCGUGUCCUUCGCGUAUACGAGUUUCGCGAGUUACUUUCGCAUCGUUGGAUCGUAAUUGAGUUUGAAUUUCAAAUUAUAAUACUAAUUUAAAUUAACUUUUGAUUUCAUUUGCAUCUAAUUCAAUAUUACACUUCAGUCGGAUAAAAAUGCCAAUGCGCUUAUUAUCGUAAUAAGUUUCGUUCAACGACUAAUGAAUGCAAAAACUCGAGAUGUAUAAAUGUAAUGAAUUGGGAUAGCAAUUUUUUUUCUUUUUUUUUCCAUGUAGAGCGCAAUAAACGUAUUUCGUAGGAAAAACACGUCUAUAAAAUAGACAUGGGUGUGUAUAGAAUUUCUGUGAUCGUAAAUUUGAGAUACGCCGGGGGACACGACGUCACCAUUGUAGCGAUUUACAAUCGUAUGCAAUAACGAACUGUACGAAAAGUUACUAGUGUACCGCGAAAGGUGUUAACGUGAACACGAUAGAGUAUGAGUGAUGAAGAAAGAGUCUUUAUUCCCAUCCUGGAAGGUUUUUAAAUAGAAUGUAUUGUAUACAUAUUAUAUAUUACUUAGCGAAAUAAACAUUUUGCUAUUCAUCGCGCGAUAGCGAUCAACGCAGUACGACAUAGAGGUUCUUUAAAACUAGUCAAAAUCGCACUGUACGAUAUUUUAGGUAUUAUCGAUUCCACCAGGAGAAAUUUUAUAUUCCAAAAAGAUAUCUCUUAUAUUGUAUAUGUAGUCAUAGGAAGAAUACACGUACGUAUAUAACAUUACGAGGCCUUUAUACGGAGAAACAAAGUACGAAAGAUAUUUACCGCUUUCACAGAUAUUAAUAAUUAGAUCGUUUAGGCAGCAACAGCAACGACCGCGUAACGAGUUUCGAAUAUUUGUUAGAGUGCCGAACUGACCGAAUAUAAUUUCAUACCCGCGGCGAAAGUAGGUAUCGUAUAAUUGUCGCUUGCAAUCGAUCGCACGUUUGAUUUAGAAUUUAGAUACACACAAAUCGAUCGAUGUCUCGUAAUCACGUAACCGGUGCCAAGUCUAAAUUCUGAGAGUGCAAUACGUUGUUUCCCAGCAUAUACGCUCGUCGUACACAUCGGGCGUACGUAUUAUAUGAUAUGUACGUACGCAGCCUUAUAUGGCAUCUACGAAAUGAGUAUAAAGCAAUAUUUUAAUAUAAAAAGGAAAAUUGUGUAUUUCAUAUAUUUACGAUAUCAAGUUGCCGGCUUCACACGAGAGUCUAAUGACUUUCUCAACGGUAAUAUUAAGCGAUAGUUAUUAAGACGAGGAACCCGGGACGCAAAUAAUCUGCGUUUAUCACAAAGGAUAAAUGAGCACUUUUAAUAGAAUAUCGAUCGAAAAGAAAAUCUCAGAGUGAUUCCUUCCAGUAGAAAAGAGUAUUAAAAAAAAAAGAAAAAAAAAAUUGUAGAAGGGAAGAAGCAAGCAAACGUCGCAACUCGAAUGACGUUUCGAUAAUCAGCUUUAUAUUGUGUGAACGUCGUAUGUCAAAGUCAAGUAGAGUUUUUCAGGAUUCUACUGAAAAAUCUUGAAUUAUAUUUGCAACAAUUCUAAUCAUUAAUUAUAGGUCGUUACUAUAUAUCGAUCUAGCGCGUGUCCCUAUUAUAAUGCAUCCGAUACCUCACGUGUACAUAUAGCAUAUAGCUAUGCUAUAUGUAUAAAAUGUGAUCCGAUACACCUAUUGGUGCAAAACAUUACCGAUCUGAACGCGUACGUUCUUGUUGACUCUUAAAUAUAUUAAUUAAAGGAAUGAAUCUAUGAUUAUAGUCUUA